AUGAGGGCGUCAGCAGUGGACGUCGAAAGAGCGGACCGGGACGUUGUCGUACCGUCCGAGGAGCUGAUAGUAGCUGCGGCCGGAUUCGGCAUCUGGCAGAUGAUCAUAGCCGCUAUUUCGUGCGCAAUGAUCAUGAUCCACAUGCUGAACGGGAGUCUGGAACCGGUACAGCACUUGGCCGGAUGGUGGUGCGAAAAGCCCGCGACUCUUCGGAGCUGGACAAACCAGGAAUGGAUUACUUACAGCCACGCAGAUGCGCCCAAACUAGACGACGAAGUCGCAGGAUUUGCUGGGACACGUAAAGCCAUAAGACUCACUCCGGAACUAUGGAACGAUCGAUUCAGGGGCUGCCGCAUGUUCAGGUAUGACUUCGCCUCUUUAAGGGGUGUUCCAUUCGAACGGAGUCCAACGAUAAAUCGACUCAACGAGGCUGGUACGGUAAAGUGCAAGAGGUUUCAUUAUAGCAGAAAAUUCGGAAGGACCGUCGCCGAGAAGUUUCGUAUGGCAUGCAAUCCGGAGUACGAGCGUGCGCUGUGGGAAGUGCUUAUGAUAUCCGGUAAGAUCACGGGCUACCUGACCUUCGGUUGUUUGAGCGACCGGAUUGGCCGUCGUCCCGUCCUCCUGAUCGCGAGCGGAGUGACUCCGUUUACAGCAAUCGGUCUCGUUUUCUCUCCGAACUACGUCACGUACGUGGUGGUCCGGACUUGUCACAGUUUUUUCCACGGUGGCUUCAUCGUCAACUUCGUUAUGGCAGCCGAACUGAGCAGCAACGUCGCACGGACUCGGAUUAUGGCGUUCGCGUGUCUCGCUUACGGCCUCGGCGUUGGGGUGACACCGACGCUCCUCGACGCGAUGGGAUCGAUGGACCAUUUGUUACUGGUGAUCAACGUUCCGGUCGCCGCAUUUUUCUUGGCCCUGGUCUUCUUCGUGCCUGAAUCACCUUGCUGGCUCUUUUGCACGCGGAGGUCGGCGCAACUUGGCGCGGUGAUCCAAAAGGCGGGCAAGACGAACGGCACCCCAAUUCCCUCGGACUUCCACGUGGUCUACGUCGAACACAGCGACGUGGAGAAGCAGCUGUCCCGAGGGUGGCCGAGUUUCUGGAGUCUUCUGAAAGCCUCUGGGGUAGCCUGCGAGAUGAUCAGCAUCGGGUACCUCGUCUGCCUGUCCGGCGUGAUAAAUGGAGGUGCUCAGGCGAAGCUGAUCUACAACCAUAAACGGGUGCCGGUCUGGUAUGCGAUCAUCGGGCACGUAGAAAUGGCUGGGAUCAUCGUCAGCCAGUGCUGCCUCCUUAUGAUGGGUCACAAGAGGCUCCUUCACCUCACGAUAUUCCUCUUCCUCAUCACCACCUUUAUACUGAUGGCCAAUCUCCAGGACGACUACUUCACCACCACAGGACCCGCCACCACUCUUCUUUCGGCCAACAUCUUCGCCGUCGGGCUUGGCUACGGCACCUUGCUCAACUAUGGCGCAAGGACCGUGCCUACUCUACUUCGCGGCACUUAUACCGGGAUGUGGAACGCCCUUUGGGUCGCAUUCACCUGGGCAGGGACUCGCCACUUUUACAACUACCCCGGGUUCACCAGCGUCGCCGUCAUUUCUAUCCUCCUUGCCGCCCUGUUCACUUUCAACAUCCAUAAUGUACUCUGGCGUGAGAUGCCCGACACGGUCUUCGAUGCCGUCAACUUCAAAGAGUUAGUUACGCUAAAUUUUGCAUUAUGA